AUCCGGACGGUCCUGAGAUGCCGGUAAGAAAGGAUUGUCCCGGGAAAAAGCGAGAGUUUAGGCUCCCUCCCUCCCGUCUUUCCCGGCACGGAGAGAAAGGACGAGAGAACAGCCACGGUGAAGGCUCUCACGGCAGCGCGCCCGUUUCCCGCCUUUUCUUUCGGGGUAUCCAGCCUUAGGAAAAGCCGCUCCUUCUUCGCUGGUCUUCGUGUUGUGGUAGAGGCCUCACCGGCCUUGGCCUUGCCGUAAGAGAGCAGACGCGACGAAGGUCAUCCUCUCGCCUCCCAGCGCCCGCCGAGUUCAUCUUGACCGUUAUAUUGAAUUUCUCUGUUAUCUUCUCUGUUAAGAUGACCCUCACUAGCUUGUGAGGCUGGAAUAUGUGUAUAAACACAGAUAACUGUUCAUGUUGAUCUCCUAAACGUAUGCCUUACCUAGAUCUACUUUGGGAGUUGGAAACUUGAAUCGAUGUUAUCAGAUGAGUUAGAGUCUAAACCAGAGUUGCUGGUUCAGUUUGUUCAGAACACAUCCAUCCCACUAGGACAGGAACUUGUGGAAUCAGAACCUAAAAAUAUUACCUGUCUAUCUCUUCUUCCCGUUACAGAAUCCCCACAAUGCAACAGGUUGAUAUUGCCAGAUGAUUCCCCAAACCAUAUUCACUCUUCCAAGCAUGCUUCUUCAUCGGCUGUUCUGCGAAGUCUCCAAGUAAAUGUUGGCCCUGAUGGUGAGGAGACAAGGGCACAAACAGUACAGAAACCACCUGACCUUCUUCCAAGUCCUGAUACUUCUACCUUAUUGCAAGAUCUUCAGCCUGGUGAUAAUACUUCCUUUAUUCUCCUCAAUUUAACACGGACAGGUCUAGGGUCUUCUUCAGAACACCUGGUAUUUGUCCAGGAUGGAGCAGUGGAUUCUGGGAACAAUUUCUUUGCGAAUAAUAGUACAGACAGCAGUACUCCAUGGUUUUUACGAGUGCAGGAACUGGCUCAUGAUAGUUUGAUUGCUGCCACUCGAGCACAGCUCGCUAAGAAUGCCAAAGCAAGCAAUAAUGGUGAAAAUGUCCAUGUUUGUUCAGGAGAAUCACAGCCAAAGGAAUCCAGCCCCAUUCCUCACCUACCCCGGGUAGAAAAAAAAUUGCAGUGCACUGUUGAAGGCUGUGAUCGAACAUUUGUAUGGCCCACUCACUUCAAAUAUCAUCUAAAAACCCACAGGAAUGAUCGCUCCUACACAUGUCCAGCAAAAGAUUGUGGGAAAAGCUUUUAUGUCUUACAAAGAUUGAAGGUGCACAUGAGAACACAUAAUGGGGAGAAACCAUUUAUUUGCUCUGAACUAGGCUGUGGAAAGCAAUUCACAACAGCUGGGAAUCUGAAGAAUCAUCUGCGAAUUCACACUGGGGAAAAACCUUUUUUAUGUGAGGCCCAGGGCUGUGGUCGUUCCUUUGCUGAAUAUUCCAGCCUUCGGAAACACCUAGUUGUUCAUUCGGGAGUAAAGCCACAUCAAUGUCAAAUUUGUGGGAAGACAUUUUCUCAGAGUGGUAGUAGAAAUGUACACAUGAAGAAACAUCAUUCGAGGGUUGAAACAACUAGCAAUAGGCAGCAUGAGCAAACCGAAUCACUGAUGGGCAGCAGUUUGUUGGAAGAAUCUGAAUUAGACAGUAAGAGCCUGGUGUCAAUGAACUCUCCAUCUAGCCUUGUUGAAUCUUUGCAUUUGCCAGAUCCGGAAUCAAUCAUUGGUGUAAAAGAAGAGGUUCUAGCUGAAGCAGCAGUAAAUUCUCUCCAUGAUGUUUCUGAUGUGGUUUUGCCAUCUCAUCAUCUGAUGCCCAUGUCAACAUCAAGGCACUCUUACGGCGUGUCAUCCUUACUACAAUAAAUUCUUAGUUACAGAAGAACAGCAAAUCUGUGACAUUGAAUAUAUGAUACUGUAUGAAGCUAAAGAAGAGGCUUUUCUGAUGCUCAAGUUGUUUGACAUUUAAAUUCCUGGGAUUUGUGCAGUGUCUCCAGUGUACUUCCUAUGACAUGGUGGAGCAGAGGCCUGGACUAUGGUUUUGCUUCAGUUAGUAAAAAAAAACUUUGUUUUCUAAGGGAGGAUGGAACAGCAGCUAUUAAUUAUGGAGUUAAUAUUUAACCUGGUGUCCAAAGCCAGGAGAUAAAGUUCUUGUACCUAGUUUAAAGCCAGAUUUUUUUUCUUUUUUGAAGUGACCAUAAGCUCAACAUUAUAUUGGCUUGUUCUUGGAGAAAUAUCUUUUAGCUAGUAAUAAAUUCUGCACCAAGAUGUUGCAGUUCUGGUUUUGCUUCUUAUUUAUAGGGGCAAUUGGUGGUACUCUUUCAUCGGGAAUUUUUGCAUUCCCAUGCUUUGUGUGGAUAUGUUCACUAACAUUGCUUUUGGUCCAAACUGAAGAUCUCAUACUAUUCAGAGGAUUGCUUAGGUCACACUUGCUUCUUGCUGUGAUAUUUUAAUUUCUAAUUAUUAGGUUUAAUAGAUUUUUCAUUUUAAAAAAAAAUCAAAGAUAGAAAUUAUUCAGUAGCAUUCUGUUGUAAAUAAACUACAGAUUUCCAUUCUC